CCUGGAGUAGGGUGUAUGAUAAUGAAGUGGAACAUUUGCAUCAUAGAACAAUUUGUAUUUUUUUUAUAUGGCGGACAAUAUUAUUGUUAACUGUGAUUGUAUACUGAUUGUUGGUUGGUUGGUAACUAUUUGUCUACAAAAUUCAAGUUUUAACGGUCAAGUACCGAGAAUCGAGAUUCUCUGUUGUGUGUUCCCAUUGUAAUUGUAUUUGCCCAAUGCUCAUGCUCACUAUACUAAAUUACCAACUCACUAACCACUAGUUGAAUACUGGAUAGUGAAUUAUUAAUUCCGAAUGCCUGCUGUCGGUUAAGUUCGAAUCGUUUGUGUUAACUGUAAAGUGAAUUGUGUUUGUGUAAACUCAUAACCGUAAAACUGACCUAAAUUCAUAACAAUUGUUAUAACUCUUAACUGUAAUAAGUAAUUUUUUAAACCAAUUUCACACGUAUUUUGACUUGAUUGUUUUUUUGGAAAACACUUGACAAUGGCAGACCAUUUUCUUCAGAAAAAAAAUUCAUCAAAUGAAAAACCGAUUGAAGUUUUUGUCAGAGUGAGACCUAUGAAUGAUGCAGAUAAAAGUAAAGGCUUAUCUGUUGUGGACGUUUCAUCUAACCAUAAAGAAGUUAUAGUAACAGAAAAAACAGUUUUAGCUGAUCGUCGUACUAAAACAUUUCACUUUGAUAAAGUUUUUGGACAAAAUUCAAAACAAGUUGAUGUUUAUAAUGUUGUUGUAUACCCAUUAAUUAAAGAAGUAUUGGAUGGCUACAAUUGUACAGUAUUCGCAUAUGGACAAACUGGAACAGGAAAGACUUUUACCAUGGAAGGUGAUAGGUUAAAUGGACAAUCAUCAAUAUCUUGGAAUACGGACCCAAUUUCAGGGAUUAUUCCGCGAGCUUUAAGUCAUAUGUUUGAUGAACUUAGACUCUUAAAAGUUGAACAUACUGUUAGAGCAUCAUUUUUGGAACUUUAUAAUGAAGACAUUUUCGAUCUUCUUUCCUGUACAGAAGAACCGUCUAAUAAAUCUCUAAGGAUUUUUGAAGAAAAAAAAGGUUCAGUAAUUGUACGUGGCUUAGAAGAAGUUAUUGUUAGUAACAAAAAUGAAGUUUAUAAGUUACUAGAAAAGGGAUCAAAAAGACGACAAACAGCUGCAACAUUAAUGAAUACUCAGUCUAGUCGUUCACAUACAAUAUUUACCAUAACUGUUCAUAUAAAAGAAUCAACUAUUGAGAAUGAAGAUAUUGUCAGAGUUGGAAAAUUAAAUCUUGUAGACUUGGCUGGUAGUGAAAAUAUUGGACGAUCUGGUGCAAUUGAUAGACGAGCUUGUGAAGCUGGUAAUAUCAAUAAAUCUUUACUUACACUUGGUCGCUGUAUUACAUCACUUGUGGAACAAACUCCUCAUGUCCCAUACAGAGAAUCAAAACUUACUCGAUUGUUGCAAGAUUCUUUAGGAGGUAAAACUAAAACAUCUAUUAUUGCUACUAUAUCCCCAUCACAUUGUAAUUUGGAAGAAACUAUGAGCACAUUAGAUUAUGCUUCUAGGGCAAAGAGCAUAAAAAAUAAGCCAGAAGUUAAUCAGAAAUUUACAAAAAAAGCUUUAAUCCGGGAAUAUACUGAUGAAAUAGAAAAACUUAAGCGAGAUUUAGUUGCCACUAGAGAUAAAAAUGGUGUUUAUGUAGCUGAAGAAAAUUACAAUGACAUGGUGUUGAGAUUAGAAAAAAAUGAAGUAGACAUCUGUGAAAAAAUUGCUACUAUCCGAGCUGUUAAUGAAGAAUUAAAUAAAAAAGAAGAAAUAAUGCGGGAAUUAAAAGUUGAUUUAAUACGAACAAUGGAUGAACGCGACAGAAGAGACAGUCUUAUUGUUAAACUUGACAAAGAAGCAACAAACUUAAGGUCCUUGGCUGAAAUUUAUGAAAGUGACAUGAAAUUACUUCAUGAUAAAAUAGACCGUACUAUUGAUGUAGAAAAAACAAACGAAUCAGCCAUUGAGAAGUUAAGGAAUCGAGUAGUGGAAACAAAUACUUCAUUUUCAAAAACUUUAACGUUAUUUGAAAGUAAAAAUAGAGAAUAUUUAGAUAUACAAGAAAAACUCAGUGACGACAUGCUCAAUCAAAAUACUUCAAUCAAAAGUAAUUUACAAUUAGUUAUGAAUAAGAUGAAUAAUAUUAAUGAUGCAACAGUGAAUAUUUUCUCCAAUAUGAAAAAACAAGUAAUGGACAUAUUGAAUCAAGGAGAAAAUGGAAAAAAUAAAAUAGAUCAAACAAUACUUAAUUUGCUAAAGGAAAUGGAACUUUUAGAAGUCAAUAUAAUGGACAAAUCAGACACAAUAAUUAAUGUUACUACAUCCAUGGAUUUAUAUCAUGAUGCAAUUUCAAAUCACAUAAAUGAGACAAAAUCUUACAACAAAAAUAUAAAUGAUGUGCUAUGUGAAAUUAAGUAUCGUUUGACUACUCAAGAGGCUUUAAAUAAAUCCAUUGAAAACCUUUAUAUUAAUCGUUUGAAAAAAUGCUAUGAAUCCAUGGAUAUAGAAAAACAAGAAACAUUGAAAAAAAUCCAAAAGAUCAAAGACCAGUUUCUUAACUAUAGUUUACAAUGUCAACAAUUCAAUACUCAAUUCUUAGAAAAUAUUCAAAAUGCCGAAGAGACUAAAAAAUAUGAUGAGAUAAAUUUAGAAUUCCAUACACAAAAUAAUGAAAUAUCAGAAAUGUUCACAAACCAAAAUAAAGGAAUUAAAGAUUUGGUGCCAUGUGUACUAACGUUAGAAAGAAUACAUUCACAAAACUCUACUUUGCUAGAACCAAUUGAACACCAUACAAAUGAGAGUCGUUUAACAAUGAAUACCAUUACUGAUGGAGCUCAAUUAAAAACGUUAUCAGAGAAGUGUAGUAAUAACAAGGAUGAACUCUCAAAAAUUUCAACUACGAUAAAUAAAGAAUUAAAUAAUUUGACUCAAGAAAUAAAAACUCACGUAGAAACUACCAAUGAUAACAUUUUGAAAACAACAAACAGUGUAUCCGAAACACUUCUGGAUGCUAAAAAAACAAUGGAUGAUUUUGGAGAUAUUUCAAAAGAAUUUCACACAAGUUUUUCAGCUCUCAGAGAAAAACAGGUUGAUAGUUUGGGUACAGGCAGCUUAUGUGUUAAAGAAGAAUUCUUCAGACAAGAAACAAAUAUAAAUAUGUUUAUGAAUGAAUCUAAACAAUGCACGCCAUUAGGAGAAACACCAAAAAGAAAACACUUUGACACUCCAGAUUUUGUUAACACGACAUUGAGACGUGAUAUUAUUCAAAAAUGUUUAGUCGAUUUUAGCGAACCUGCAAUAAAUUCUAUACCUUCAUCUAUAAGUUCUAGCGUGCAAUCCCUAGAUGGAUCUGAAUCCAAUUUACCGUCUAAGGAAAAUAGCCCUAAGGUUUUAAAGAAACACGAAAAAAAAAGAGGAAACCAGAAUAUCAGAAAAACUAACAAAAUUUUAUCAGAACGAAAUUAA